AUGACCGAAACGUUGCCACAUGAAGUUGCUAACAGCAAAGAAAGUUUCCGAAACAUAGCCUGCUUCUUUGUGUUUGGAAUACUGUCGUUAAUCUACGAUGAGACUUCUCUCGCGGCGGCCGAAGAUGUGUUGUCGGGCAGUAAGAUUCCCACUACAGUUGUUAUAAUUGCCAUCGCCGUACCGGUUCUCGGUGUAAAAAUCACCGCGCCGUGGUUUCUCCAGAAGUGUCCAUACUUGGUCAAGGCCUGCCUGGUUGUGUUGCUUCUUUUUGCGGGAUUAAUCGUGGUUGUAACGGCUUACGAUGUUCACUUGAGGUUGUUCGGAAUUAGCGUCAUCGAAUCGGGAGUCAGUUUGAGCGAAAUAACUUUCUUGGCCAUGACUGCCUUCUAUGGCGAGAUGACAGUCAGUGCAUUUGUAGCGGGGAUCGGCGUGGCCUCGUUAUUGGGACCAUUUUAUUACACAGGUUUGACCCUGCUAGUAUAAUCUUAAUUUUAUUGACGCGGAAUUUUGAAAAUUAACAGAUACUUAAUCAUUAUCGUAAAAUAUAUAGUGGUUAUUCACUAUUUUAAGUAACACUUCGUGGUCGCUUCGGAUGUGGUCGCAGCGUUUCGACUGCAUUCUGCCAGUCUUCUUCAGGGGAAUGUCUUCAAACCGAGCGGCGGGAGACGAUUAAGAUUAAGAUGUUAAAGAUCAGAAGAGGCGUAGAUUUAUAUCGCUUGUUCGCUAAGGAGUAUUUUUUUAAAUGAUUGUGAAUAUAUGGAAGUCAUAUAUUUGAACUGCGGUUAAAGACGUGAAUAUGAAAGCGAUCUUCGCAGUAAUGAACACUACUUAAGUAGUAGUUGUGAAAAGAAGAGCUUGUUAGCUCAGUUAGUAGAGCACUGAACCGGUAUCGCAGAGGUCAUGGGUUCAAAUCCCGUACAGGCCUGAACUUUUUUCAGGCCUUCUUUUCACCGCUACUUAAGAAAUGUUCAUUACUGCGAAGAUCUCUUUCAUAUUCACGUAUUUAGCCGCAGUUCAAAUAUAUGACUUUCAUAUAUUCACAAUCAUUUAUUCACCAUUUCACGCGUUUAUUUAGAACCAACACAUUGACCAGCUCCCAGUUGGCUUGUUAGCUCAGUUGGUAGAGCACUGCACCGUGACCGGUAUCGCAGAGGUCAUGGGUUCAAAUCCCGUACAGGCCUUGAAAAAAGUGAAGAACUGACAUCCUGACUGAAUAUUAUUAGACGUUUUGAUGUGUAGUAUCACUGAGUAAUUUUAUGAGUUGUGCCGUAUUUUGACGAGCCCCUAGGGCGCGAGUCGAAUUACAAACAACGAAUAAAUUAGAGAAAGAUGUUUUUUUUUUAAAUGCAAAUUCAUACCCGGCACGAGAAGAAAUUUCUAGCGAUGACGGAGGCGGACCACUUCUAUUGAUCAUGGAAGAUCAAGAAACUUUGAGAUUUUCAUUUAAAAAGAUAAGUUUGUGUCCCAAAGUGAUCAUAAAAUCAAACUUUUUUAGGCAGAUUCUUAUACUUUACUUUUUAUGUAGCAAUUCAUUUAUUAUGAUUCAAGUGAUUGUCGAAAAUUCUGGUGGUUUUCAAUACUGAAUCUAAUCCGUUUGAGUAAGAUUUACAAACCUAGCCGGGCCUAAUCGGUCCCAGUCGUUCAAAGGGGAGAUAACGCUGUCCAGCGGAUAGCCUUCGAAACACCAGGGCCCUGAUCUGUUACGGAGUAUGAACUUCAGAGACAUUUGCUAUAGAACAGGACAUCACAUCUUCAAAAUAUUAGCAGUUAUGCGAUUUUAGACGACGAUAUUCUGCCUCACAAAAUGCGUCAGUAAAAAAAAUGCUUCUGUGUUAAGAGGGUAACUGUGAGAGGUGGUUGUCGUAUGAGAACGCGGUAACAGGAACUGCAUAUUGAGCUGAAAUUCAGCAAACAGUGUGGUUUAAAUUUUUUGACCCAAUCUACGGCACAUAGGCACGUGUGCCUCCACUGAUAAAGUGGAAGAAAAGCGGGGACCUGGGACAGGAGGGGGGGGGAGGCGAGGUUAGUGCAAAUUUUUAGGUUACAAGGUACAGCAAAGUAUAAUCAAUGUAAUCCUCAAUUACUUUCUUGGCUGUUACAUCGAAAUUUCUUCAUGUUUAAUAGGUAUCAUCGCAACCUUGCAGUUCUUUACUAAAAUGAUUGUGACCUAUAUCUUGCAGGUCUAUCAACAUGGCUGUGUCUCGCACCGAAAAAAACACUUUCAACAACAUUUCCUUGGCCAUUUCUUGUCUUAGUUACGUACUUCAUCUUGGAAAAGAAAGACAUUGAUUCAAACGCGAAAGGACACGGAGGCGGUGGGUACGAAAAACUUCCCUUGAGCGAGAACACUUCUUCGGAUGAACAAAAUGCUACUCCUGAACACGGCUUGACUUGGGAAGAGAAAUUUUCCGUUACCAAGCAGAUUUUGCCUUAUAUCACUUUCUUGUUUCUCACGUAUUUUGCAGAGUAUCUCUCUAACCAUUCCGUUAUUACGACCCUAGCUUUUUCAAACUCCUCGUUCAGUCCGCGGGACCAUUACCAGUACUACAUAGUGUGCUAUCAAGUUGGAAAGUUCUUAGGAAGGUCCCAUAUCUUCCUGCUCUCUUGCACCUGCUCAAAAGUGGUCCCUUAUGUGCGAGUUAAGAAAACAUGGAUUUUCGCUUUGGUAGAGAUAGCACAUCUCAUGUUCUUUACGUUUGCUUCGUGGUUUCGUUUCGUGCCGCAUGUUUCUAUCUUACUAAUUCUCUGUGUAACAGAAGGAUUUGUGGCCGGAUCAAUGUACGUCAAUUCGGCCCACACAGUGUCUGAGGUCGUCUCAGAUCCGAAACAGAGAGAAUUUGCAUUAGGACUACUAACCAUUGGAAACGGGAUAGGAAAGCUAACAGCUGGGCUCGUGGGACUUCAUUUGGAACCGCAGCUGAAGAGUCAUUGUGUUUAUGACUUGGAGUUACAAGAUCAGUGCAUUACUCGAUAUUCAACAGAAUCUGGCUGGGAGACAAACAUGCGCUGCAGUCAUUCUCAAACAAACUCAACAAAAUUUUGA